ACAGUGAGAAUUUGAAGAAUCUAGGCAGUUGAUUAAUCAGGUAGAAAAAUUUAGCAUUACUGAAACGUGAUGUAGUUGGACAAAUUUUGCUUAUUCCUCUGAUUUUGAGUUGAUGCCAACCAACACAAAAGGCAUAAGAAUCUACUUUUCCAAGGAGCAACGGAGUCAUAAUACGUGGAAUCCACUUACAAAAAGCAGCUUAAAAGUCACGGCAUUUUUCUUUUACUUUAUAAUUAUCGCUUGUCGUAUUAAGUUGGGGAAUCUACGAAUACUUCUAGGAGACAUGGAUAGUGCUCCUGUCCGCUGGUUUUGACAAAUUUCUAUCAGAAAAAGUGUAAACUCUCAGUCAUGGAGGCGGUUCUUCCGGGAGGAGCAUCAUUUCUUCAGAAUACUGGAACGAUCUUGAAUAAGCUGCAGUUGCUGGUGGACGAGGGUGUUUUCUUCGGGGAGGAGGAUCAUUUGGACAAGUUGAAGGGGGAAUUAGAAGAAGUGAGAAAUUAUUUUCUGGCUGCAAGGGAAUUGGAGAUUUCUUUUAAAAGGCUUGUAGAUUUUGUUCGUUACUAUCGGAGGUGGCUUUUCUCUUCUUUUGAAUUAGAUCAGGUACCGUCCGGCGUCGACUCAAUUGCAGCAGCCUCCAUUUUUGGAGAUUUUUUGAAGAAAUUUAGGCAACAGACCCGAUGUCUUGACGAUUCUGUUCAUCAAGGUUGGCAGGGUUUUUAUUCUCUUCUUCUUAAGGAUGGAUUCCCCUGCACUGUAGCAGAUCGAGAAAGUCUAGAGAAUUUUAGGCAACAAAUCAGAGAUUUUUACAAAGGGAUGUGGGAUUCCAUGGGGCUACUCUUUUCGGAAUCCAGAACGAGAUAUUUGCAGCAGCGCUGGGAUAAUGACUGGACGGGUGGAUGGGAAGAGAUGUCUUAUGCGAAAAGUGAAUUCAUUGGUCUUUUCAUGUCCUUCCAACAGAAGUUUGAGUACAUUCUCCGCCUUGGUAUACUCUGUGAUUCAAGAUUUGCAGCAGUCUUGAAACCUGUUCUUAUUUACUCAACAUUACCGCAAGGGCAUCCUAUCAAGCGAUUUCCAUUUGUGAAACAUUUCAGUUCGGUUAUCAAGCGAUUUCCAUUUGUGAAACAUUUCAGUUCUGACCGGAGGGAUCGCCUCGAAUAUAUCGAGCGAUUUCCAUUUGCGGCUCUAUUCGCAGCUCGUCUUUGUUGUUGGUUUUUAAGAGAUGGAAUUCACUUGAAGGCCUCUGAAUCGGUGGAGAAGAUCAACCCUGCUGCUGACCAAGCUUCUUUGGCUUAUACUGGUGUCUGGAAAUCUGAAUCGCGGUCACUUACUCUGUCUACCGAGGCAAUGACUUGCAUUGAUUCGAUCAUAGAUUUCUGCAAGGAUGAUCAUGAUCUGAAGGAGCUGAAGGUAGAGUUGAGCCUAGUGAAGAUAUUUUUCCUGUGUGCAAGGAAAUUGUGUUAUUCCUCAGAGAGAACUGAAAUUCUUCAAGAUUCUGUUCGUCAAAAUUGGCAGCAGUUUUGCUCUUUUCUUGCUCAAUUGGAGCAUGGAUUGCCCCCCAGCGAAUUGGCUGGGGCGAUCUCCAAUUUAAGAAGAAUCUUAAAGAGUUAUAGGCAAAAAUUCAGUAAAUUGUAUGUUGAGAUGCCGGACUUAUCAUUCAACAGGUACGGCUAUGUAGAUAGCCUUUCACAAUCCAGUUCUGGCUUGAGAGAUGAAUUCAUGGAACUCUUCAAUUUUCUCUUAAAAAACCUUGUGGAUAUUGUCAUUUGGGUUGAAGCCUGUGAUUCAAGACUUACAAAAUUGUUGGAGCCGCUUCAAGAGAAGCUAGCGUUCCUUAAAACAUUCAUUCUCUUUGCCAGUUUGCAAGGCAAGCCCAAGAGGAAACUUGUGGAGCACUGUGCAGUUGUGGCUUUAUCUGCAGCACAUCUUUGUUACAUUUGUUGGUUUUUCAGAUAUGACUAUCAAGAGCUCAACUGGAUGGACUCAGAGAUUUCUGAAUUAACAGACAAAAUCAUGCGUGUUGAUCACCGAGCCCAUCUCACAUAUAUUUGCGUCCUUGAAUCUGGAACAACUUCCCCCACUCUGUCUGCCAAGAAGGAUGUGAUUAUAGUGGCUGAAUUUGUUGAUUCUCUCCUAGGUCAUCUUGGGGAGUUACUACUAAAUUGUCCUGCCUAUUUUGUGGUAUCUUUGAAGCAUCAAUUGCGGAUGCUUUUUGAGGGACUGCGAUUCUUAAGCAACAUUCUCAAUAAGGAGAAGUACGAUGGGAUAGAGGGAAAAAUCAAGGAUCUUAUUGGAGCUGUGGUCAAUGACGCUGGGAUUGUAAUUUUUUCACUUUAUCAGAAUGACCUUCAAGAAGCUUCAGCUGAGGAAAUAGAUGUUAAGCUCUUUUGUUUGCUGGGGAGGAUAAACACUAUCAAGGCAGCUGUUGACGAAAGCUAUCCUGUAGUGCCAAGGUUCAACUUCCCUACUACUAAUGUGCUGGGGAUUAUCGAUCUUCUCCAAGAAAAGCUGAAGGAACUGGCAACUUGUAAUGUUGAUCCUAUAUUUACUUUUGCAAAGGAUAGAGUUCAUUUCUUAAGGCUAUACUUAAAGAAUGCCACGGAGCAGCACAGCCAGGAUGCAAAGCUCCAACCACAAACAAUCCAAGAAGAUUUGUCAUUCUUGAAAUCAUUCUUGGAAAAUAAUUUGGAGCAGCACGUAGAUAAGGAAAAGCUUCAACUUCAAACAGUGCAAGAUGGUCUUGUAUUCUUAAGAUCAUUCUUGGAAAACAACAGGGAUCAAAGCAACCACCCUGAAGAGCUCCAAGCUCUUAGUAGUCAUGUUGUGGAAGUGGCAUAUAAGGCAGUGUUUGUUAUUGACUCCUUAAUUGUUGGAGAUAUAUCAUAUUAUUCUCUUAUGCUAUUUGAUGAUGUCACUGCAGAAAUUAAGCUUCUUAAAACUAAGACAGGGGAGAUUGACAGCAUCGAAGCCCAAAAACCUACCGAUGGUUUGAGGGAUGUGCCAUCACAAGGAAGGAAGUGGAGUGGAGUAUUUCACCAGGUGCCAUCACAGGGUAGUAUCUCAACAAUCAAUAAAGCUGUGGUAGAUCUGAAGGAUCAGGAGCAAACAAUUAUUGGUCAACUUAUAGGAGGAUCGUUGCAGUUGGACAUCAUUUCCAUUGUGGGAAUGCCUGGACUAGGCAAGACGUUUCUGGCAGAUAGAGUUUACCGUGACCCGUCAAUUACAUCUCACUUCCAUAUUCUUGCAUGGUGUUGUAUCUCUCAAGUAUAUUGCAAAAAAGAUCUGUUGCUUGGGAUCUUGGCAUGCAUUGAGCCAAAAGCUCAAUAUUCGGAGUUUGAUGAUGAUGAUUUGGCUCACGAGCUUUGCAAACACUUGAGGAAACAGAAGUAUCUUAUAGUUUUGGAUGACAUUUGGGACAUUGAGGCAUGGAAUGCUUUGAAAAUAUCUUUCCCAGAUGAUACCAACGGAAGCAGAAUUCUCUUAACAAGUCGACAUCAUGGGAUUAUUGGUGAAUCUCACCAUCUUCGGCCACUUGAUGAAGAAGAAAGCUGGGAGUUACUACACAAGAAGCUGUCAAUUACCAUAGAAGGUGGCUAUCCUGUAGAAUUAAGUGUUCUUGGGAGGCAAAUAGCAAAAAACUGUAAUGGACUGCCUCUAUCAAUCGUCAUCAUAUCUGGAAUUCUUGGGAAUCUAGAUCAAGAUCGUUGGGGAGAGGUAGCAGAAAGGCUAGACUCAAACAGCGAGAUUGGUGCCACAGAACAUUGCAAGAGCAUAUUAAAGCUGAGUUACGAGCAUCUGCCUGACCAUUUGAAGCCAUGCGUUCUUUACUUCAGUGCAUUUAGAGAAGACCAAGAAAUUUCUGUAAAGAGGUUGAUGUUGCUGUGGAUCGCUGAAGGAUUUGUGCGAAAGAAGGAAUCAGAGAGGCUUGAAAAAUUAGCAGAAGGCUAUUUAAUAGCUCUAAUCAACAGAAGCUUGGUUAUGGAGGGGCAACAAAGAUCCAUUGGCGGGGUCAAGACCUGUCACAUGCAUGAUUUGUUGCAUGUCUUUUGUUUGGGAAAAGCUAAAGAUCAAAAUUUUCUACAUUUGAUACGAGGAUGUGAUGGAUUUCUUAAUUUUGAUGAACCACACUACCUGUACCGGUUAUCCAUUCACUCUCAGCCAAAGCAUUUUGUGAAGUCAAAGAUAUUUUGUCCCCAUGUACGCUCUCUAUUACAUUCUUCUCAUGGUAUUGGGGGCCAUGGAGUAUCAUACAACUCAUCCUUUGUUUGUCACCUGAAACUUCUUCAAGUGUUGGAUUUGGAACAAAUUAGUCUUGGUUUUACUUUCCUGUGUGAAUUAGGGUUGCUCAUUCAGUUGAGGUACUUGGCUGUUUCGGGUUGGAUCAAAUGCAUCCCACGCUCGCUGGAAAACCUCUCGAGCUUGGAAACGUUUCUUGUGACAACACAUUAUUCUGAUUUUGUUCUUUCAUCGUUGGAAGAUAUUUUUUGGAAAUUGCAGAAAUUGAGGCAUCUACAAGUACGAGGUGCUUUGAUUGAUCUUAGGUUGGCAAAGGACAAUCCUGAAAGCCCCUCUAUGUUAUACAAUUUACACACGUUUUCCACUCCAAAGCUUUAUCUUGGGCAAAGCAUGGAAAAGAUGAUGAUGAAGUUUCCAAAUAUCCGCAGACUGAAAUGCUGUCUGCUACAGUCAGAGGAAUCUUCUAGUGAGAGCACAAGGAUCGUGGCAAUGGACUCUCUGAGUCAGCUAGAAUCACUAAAGCUGCUACUGGGUAAAGUUACUGCAAAUUGUAUCAAAUUUCAUCUCCCCUUGAAUCUGAAAAAGUUGACACUGGAGGACUUCUCCUGGAGUAUAAUUUGCACAAUCAGAAAGCUACCCAAUCUUGAGGUUCUCAAAUUAAUCCGACAAGUGGAUGGCCAAGAGGAAUGGGACAUGGGAGACAUGGAAGAAGAGGAAUUCUUUCCUAAACUCAAGUUUUUGAAAUUGGAAUCCUUGAAGGUGGUCAGGUGGAUGAGCACAGGAGUGCAUUUUCCCAGUCUUGAGAGAUUAAUUUUGGAGGGUUGCGCGGAACUGGAAGAGCUCCCUUCUUGUUUAUGGGAAACUUGUACUCUUCAAUUGAUUGAGGUUCAUGGAUGUCUAUACUCUGCUGGAGAUUUAGUUCGGGACAUUAAGAAACAGCAGAUGGAUUAUGGAAACAUGGAUCUGAAAAUCCUUAUCUUGGAAGAAAUUGAUGAGUCUUCUUCUUGGUCAGAUGGAGAUUCAGACGGAUGGUUACCAGAAGAAAUUGAGGAGUCUUCUUCAUGGUCGGAAAUUCACACAGAUGGUCAGGCUAACGAUCAUCUGCCAUAAGCGUUGUUAUCUUCUGUAUGGUUCUGUUUACAUUGAUGUCAGAUUUGUCAUUGUAACGCAUAAAUAAGUUGCUAUGUAUUAAUGACAAAUUAAUGUACUAUUUGAUUAAAUUGAUUGUUCAAAUAUUGAGGAUGGAUAUACUUAUGAUUUGUUCCAGAUCUUUACACUUGCAUCUCAAGUAUCUGUGGAACUCAUAUGAUGGAAUAUAAAUUUACCUUAGUGAGUUAUGUAAAA